UGAUUAAGCCGCGGUCACACUGCUAGUCACAACGCCGCCUGGACUCCAAAUUAAAAGUAAAAUUAAAACGCAGGAAACAAAACAACAAACAGUGCACAAUGAGUGAGCAGAAAACAAGUGGGUCGCCGUCCCCAACGAGCACAAAGGAUAACGCGGCCGCCAGGCAAAAGAUUGAAACGGAAUAUAACAAUAAAAAGACUGGAUCGGGCUGGCAUCGCUUCUACAAGGAAAUCUCUGAGAAAUGCGAUCGCGGGGCCAAAGAGCAACAAUUCAGCACGCUGGAAUCGGAGCGUUCACAGAAUCGUGGCCUGAAUCGCUAUAGGGAUGUGAAUCCCUACGAUCAUUCGAGAAUUGUCCUGAAGCGCGGCAGCGUGGACUACAUCAAUGCCAAUCUGGUGAAGCUGGAGCGCGCCGAUCGUCAGUACAUACUGACCCAGGGACCCUUGGAGGACACUGUCGGCCACUUCUGGCUGAUGGUCUGGGAGCAAAAAUCGAGCGCCAUUCUCAUGCUCAACAAGCUGAUGGAGAAAAAGCAAAUCAAAUGUCAUCUGUAUUGGCCCAAUCAGCUCGGAGCGGAUAAGGCCUUGAAGCUGCCCAACGUGCAGCUCACCGUGGAGCUUGUGCGCUGUGAGACGUACCAGAACUUUGUGCGGCGGUGGUUCAAAUUAACCGAUCUCGAAACGCAAAAGAGCCGCGAGGUGAUGCAGUUCCACUACAUCACAUGGCCAGAUUUUGGCAUUCCCAGUUCGCCCGAUGCAUUCCUGAAAUUCUUGCAGCAAGUACGUGACUCUGGCUGCCUCAGCAACGAUGUCGGUCCGGCCGUGGUGCACUGCAGCGCCGGCAUUGGUCGCUCGGGCACUUUCUGCCUGGUCGACUGCUGCCUUGUGCUCGUGGACAAGCUCGGCGAGUGCAAUGUGUCGCAGGUGCUGUGCGAGCUGCGCAGCUAUCGCAUGGGACUCAUACAGACAUCCGACCAGCUGGACUUUUCCUAUCAGGCCAUCAUCGAGGGCAUCAAGAAGCUGAACGAUCCCACCUUUCUCGACGCUAAGGAACCAAUCAUUGGCAAUGAGACAGAUACACAUGCACAGGAUGAAGUGCCGCCACCGUUGCCGCCUCGCACACAUUCGCUGAACUUGCCGCUGGCCCCCAAUGCGGGCGGCGUGCUCUCGCUGAAUAUGCGUGCCGCCCAGUCCAAUGGCGAGGAGGUGUCUGCUGAAAACAUUGGCGACAAGCCCUCGGUGCUGAGCAGCAAGGAUGCUCUGAAUAAUUUCAUCAAUCAGCACGAGAUCAUCAACGCUGAGGUGGCCGACAGUCUGCGUCCCUUGCCGCCGUUGCCGACGAGGCCUCUAAGGUCGUUUCAGGAGUCGGACAGCGAUGAGGAUCUGGAUGAUGAUGACGAUGAUGACGAAGACGAUUAUGAUGACGAGGAGAACGACGACGAUUUCGAAGCGGAUUAUGAGAACAUUAAAUUGCCCGAUGUGGAGCCCGUCAAUGGCAAUGUAUCGACGACGACGCCCCAAGAUGAUGAUGUGAAUGCCAACAGCGAGAAGCCAGCGCCAGCCGAACAGCACAAGGCCAAUGGCAUUGACACAGUGGGUCAGUCGCAGACGCAGACACCAGCGAGUCCCGAGAACGAGCUGAAGCGACGAAAACGCAACGAACAGCAGGCCCAGCUGCAGAAGCAAAUCAACAAUAUGAAACGGAAGCUGCGGGAGAGCGAGGAUGGGCAGAAGGCGUCAAAAAAAGGAAGGUCAUUACUCACAUAUAUUGCGGCUGGUGUUGUGGUGGGCGUGAUCUGCGCCUACGCAUACACGAAGCUAGGUUAAGUGUCCCCGCCCCCCACAACCCCCACCUACCUACCCAUUAAGUAGACGUAGACCUAGCCAUUGAGUAGGCACAUUAGUAGCAAUAGCAGUAUGACGCCCAUUGCCGCGGACACCGAUCCUCCCCAGCAUUCGCGUCGCGGGCUAACAUCUAAUGUCAGCACGGAUCAGAUCGGAAUCGAAAUCGGAUCGGAUCGGAUUGGAUCGCUUCGCCUCGCAACGCAAUCAACGCGACGAUUGGGUUGAAUGAACGAUACGACGACGAUACACAUGAUGCAUACAUAUAAUAUUAGGGAAUUUUUUACGAGUAUAUUGAGAAAGAUACUAAAACAGAAGAAGAAGCAAAGGCAAAAGCAAAAUGCAAACAAAAACUAAGCGAAAAUCGGGUAGAAGUCACAUCAAAAGUAGAUUUUGCGCAAUAGACUGACAUUUUAGAUCAAAUUUAUUUUCUACAUUUUAAUAAUGGAAAUAUUUAAUAACGAAAAAGAAAACCCGAAGAGAAAAUCCCCAAACCCCAGUUCCCCUGUGCACGAAUUAUCGUUUUCCACAACCUUCCAGACCCCCCGCAAACAUGCAAAUCCACAUCCUUCGCUCGCUAUGCAAUAAAAUUUGAUAACAUAUACGGAGUACGUUAUAUCUAUUAUAUUUACGCUCUGCGAUCCAAACACUCACACACACACUGAGACACACACGCCCACACCCACGCGCUUCACUUGUUGUUGUACAGCAAUUUCUUAUAGCAUACGAAUUAUGUAUUUAAUUAUUUAUGAAGAGAUUUACGUAAAGAAGACACGAAGAACACUUGUUGUAGUACCAUGGAAAAAAACAAAAACGAAAUGCAGCAAAUGUGCCAAAAAAAAACAAAAGAAAAAGAAAGAAGAAAAGA